AUGUCUUGUCGCUUCUGGGGCUUGCCGAUGAAGCCCCUCGACGAUCAAGGUCCUGCAUUGGCACAGGAUCUACUCACACACUUUGUUGCCGAGGUCAAUUCUUGUUUGAUUCAAGAGGAGGUGAUAGAGAGGGAGAGGGUUUCGAUCUUGCCCGAAUACGCUCUACCGUUAAAGGGGAAGCGGCUUAUCGAGCACUAUGUGAGGAGACACAGAGUAGGUUUGUCGAGAUGCAAGAAGGAGGCUGAUAAAGAGGCUCUACAACAACGAGUUAAGGAUCUACUCGAGGAUGAGAUACAUUCUAGGAUGCUACGUUCGAAGAAGGCUGAUCAUCAUGAUCAUGAACCACUACGUAAUAUGAUUACUCUUAUCUUUAAGGAGCCUAUCUGUAUACAAGGUAAUGGUUUUGUGACUAAUCGGAGGACUCCUCCUAUCGAACAUGGGAUGGGGUUUCAUCCACCAUCCAGGAGGAAGGCAUCGAGGAAGCCUCCUGGUGGUAACAGUAGGAGGGCAUCCUAUGGUGGUGGGAUUAUCGAGUAUCGUGGACCGACUAGAGCUGAAGGACGGAGGUCAUUGGGCUCGGAUGAUGGGGCAGUAGUAGUAGCAUCACCCGAGUCAUCACCCCAGGAUCAUCCUCCUCCUCAUCAUGGACAGCAGGAGGAGCAAGCAUUAACCCCACCACCAUCUAGUGCUCCUCUUGUUACCAGUAGGGUCUUGCUUCCUGGCUUCAACCUCAAUGCAUCGACUCGAGGCAAAGCCCAGGACGUUGUUAUUACUCCUAGAUCUAGAGAUGGAGGUCUGUCGGCUCCUGGAUGGAUAUGUGAUCCCGAUCGCUACCUCUCGCGGGAUGAGAUGGAUUUCCUCGAUAAGGAGUUGAGGAAGGACUUUGCUGUAGAAAGCGUGUGUGGGCCUUAUCAAGUAGCUGUGGCCAUCAGUAGGAAUACAUGGCCAGUAGGAGGUGUUGAGAGGUUUGCUAGGAAUAUCCAUAACGCUUGGGGUGUUGGUCAUGCUCCCUGUGAUAGUGGGAUAGUUAUGGCCUUGGAUAUCGGCAAUCGUGAAAUGUUCAUCAGUAUGGGUAAAGCCGCCAAUGAACGCAUGUCCACCACUAGUGCUUCUGCUGUCAUUGAUCAUAUGCGGUCCUUUUUAAGAGAGUUCAAGUAUGCUCAAGGUGUUUAUGAAGGGCUCACACUUAUACGACAAGUCAUCGAUACCGGGAAGCAAUUGAGCGGUAAUAAGAAGACUGAUGAGACCACUGAAGCAGCACCUCUCACUGGACAAGAAUGUGAACUCCUGAGAUGUGGUCAUAAGUUCCAUAAGGCAUGCCUUCAAGAAUGGCAGGAGCAAGGCAUUCAUCGGGACCCUAUUAUCCAGGAUAUGAAUAUGGUCCGUUGUGGGAUUUCCAGAUGA